GCCACGAGCCCUCCCUGGGUUUUCUGAAGUCUUUGUGAGGAUUUGUGAGGAGGGAGGCUGCUCCUGCUCUCACCAAACAACGCUGCUGCUUCCCAAGAGCUGCCACAGACCGAGGGUCGAGCCCCUUUAAAAGAAAAAAAACCCAGAGAAAUACAGUAUUGUGCAUCUUGAAAUCUGAAACCAAGAAACAGAAGCGAAGGGGAAACAAGGGGGAAAGUCUGGCAAUUCCUGUGGACAACUGUUGCGAGAGGAGUUUUAAGGAAUUCCAUUUUCACCUUUUAAAGGUCUUUGAAUGGCUUUUGUGGGGAAAGCUGUGAAAUAAAGGAGCCUCGGAAGAAGAGAUUUCUUUUUCUCCUGCUCUCUGGAUAUAAUGGCCAUUGCAAAACAAAGCAUUUUGAGAUUUGGCUUCAAGUGUGUCUUCCUGGCAGUUUUUACCCUCACCUGUGAUGGGCACGGUGGGAAGAGGGAGAACGGGGGUCCUGCCUGCUACGGAGGCUUUGAUUUGUAUUUCAUUCUGGACAAGUCGGGAAGUGUCCUGCACCACUGGAACGAGAUCUAUCACUUUGUGGAGCACCUGGCCCGAAAGUUCAUCAGCCCCCAGCUGAGGAUGUCCUUCAUUGUGUUCUCAACCAGAGGGACAAUUCUGAUGAGGCUGACAGAGGACAGGGAGCAGAUCCGCCAGGGCCUGGAGGAGCUGCAGAAGGUGCUGCCAGGAGGGGACACCUACAUGCACGAAGGAUUUGAGAGGGCAAGUGAGCAGAUUUACUACGAGAAUGUUCACGGUUACAGAACUGCCAGUGUCAUCAUCGCCCUGACAGAUGGGGAGCUCCACGAGGAUCUGUUUUUCUACUCCGAGAGGGAGGCGAAUCGCUCGCGGGACCUGGGGGCCACCGUGUAUUGUGUGGGGGUCAAGGACUUCAACGAGACCCAGCUGGCCAGGAUUGCUGACAGCAGAGAUCACGUUUUCCCAGUCAAUGAUGGCUUUGAAGCCCUGCAGGGCAUCAUCGACUCCAUUUUGAAGAAGUCCUGCAUCGAAAUCCUGGCAGCAGAACCUUCCAGUAUCUGUGCAGGGGAGUCCUUCCAGGUGGUGGUGAGGGGAAAUGGAUUUCGGCACGCCCGCAACGUGGACAGGGUUCUCUGCAGCUUCAGGAUCAACGACACCCUCACCCUCAAUGAGAAGCCUUUCGUGGUGGAGGACACCUACCUGCUGUGCCCGGCCCCCGUGCUGAGAGAAGUUGGCAUGGAAGCAGCUCUUCAAGUCAGCAUGAACGAUGGUCUGAGCUUCAUCUCCAGCUCUGUCAUCAUCUCCAGCACGCACUGUUCCGACGGGACCAUCCUGGCCAUCGCCCUGCUCAUCCUCUUCCUCCUGCUGGCCUUGGCUCUGCUCUGGUGGUUCUGGCCCCUCUGCUGCACCGUGAUCAUCAAGGAGCCUCCCCCACCUCCUGCAGAAGACAGCGAGGAGGAAGAUGAUGAUGGGCUGCCAAAGAAGAAGUGGCCAACAGUGGAUGCCUCUUACUACGGCGGGCGAGGAGUGGGUGGCAUCAAACGGAUGGAGGUGCGCUGGGGAGAAAAGGGCUCCACCGAGGAAGGUGCCAAGUUGGAGAAGGCCAAGAACGCCAGGGUGAAGAUGCCAGAGCAGGAAUACGAAUUCCCUGAGCCCAGGAACCUCGGGAGCAGCAUGCGCCGGCCCUCGUCCCCUCGCAAGUGGUACUCCCCCAUCAAGGGGAAGCUGGACGCCCUCUGGGUGCUGCUGCGAAAGGGCUACGACCGCGUGUCCGUGAUGCGUCCCCAGCCAGGAGACAAGGUACCCCCAGAGCAAAGCCCCCCUCAAAGUACCCUUCCCCUGGGCCCUGAGGGUGGGCACAGCUCACAAACAGCACAGGAUUGCUCUGGGAGCAGCUCACAAACAGCACAAGGUUGUUUUGGGAGCAGCUGGUGGGGUUUGGCUGCUGUGGUUUCAAGGCUGGGCUCUGCAGGUGCCUGCACACACACCCCGGGGUCUCUCCCAGUGCUCCCAGUGUUCCCAGUGCACUGGGGAUAGAGGGGUUUGGGCAGUCCUCGUGGGCAUUGCUGGGGUUCCACACAGCUCCUUUGCACCAGGCCUGGUCCUCUCCAGCCUGCAGAAUCCCCAGUGCUGAGCCUG